AUGCCGAAGAAAACGAACUAUGAGUUCUAUGAUUCCAUUAAUCGUAUCUUCGAACUUCUCGCAAUGCUAUAUCACCUAUUCGUUCCUUUCAUGGAAAAAGAAGAAAUCCUAGCACGAUGCGCUGAGCAUUUCAAGGAACUUUUGAACAAAGACAUGCCGAUUGAUUCUUCAGCUUUAGACGAACUUCUGACUCUCCCUGGCCUCCCUGAUCUGGACUCAACAUCGAAUGAAGUUAACAAUGUCAUAAAAUACAUAAGAUACAAGAAGUCCCCUGGUGAUGAUGGCAUUCCGGAAGAGGUGUACAAGUAUGGUGCACCACACCUUGCAUCAUAUCUGCAUUCUGUUUUUGGCUUGUGCUGGACAAGCAGAAUGAUCCCUAAGCUCUGGAAACAUGCGAAUAUUACAAGAAGAAACGUGAUCGUUCCAUUUGCGGCAACAGCAGAGGCAUUUCCCUUCUAG